ACAACCGACUCAUCACCCGGGCUUUAUAUUCACCAUUAACAACUCUCAUCUUCUUUCUCUUUCUGUUUACAAACAUAACAUAACCCAUCAUGGGACACGGUGACAAAAAUGAGAGACCUAACAAGAAGCACAAAUCAUCAGCCAAGGAUGAUGACCAAAGAGCUGCGGCUUUUGAGGACGAGGAUGCAUAUGAUGUUGACGAUUUUGGUGAUGAUGAUCGCGACGGUGACGGAGAAGGGGACAAGAUGGAUUUUACCAAACUAGAACUUAAAGAAGAUCAUGCCAAUCGGCCUUUAUGGGCUUGUGCAGACGGCCGGAUCUUUCUCGAGACGUUCUCACCGUUGUAUAAACAAGCAUAUGAUUUUCUUAUCGCUAUUGCAGAGCCUGUUUGCAGGCCCGAAUCAAUGCAUGAAUACAACCUCACUCCGCACUCACUUUAUGCGGCUGUAUCCGUCGGUCUCGAAACGAAAACCAUCAUAGAUGUUUUGAACAAGCUUUCGAAAACUAAGCUUCCCAAAGAAAUGAUCGAUUUUAUUCACGAAUCCACCGCAAAUUACGGAAAAGUAAAGCUCGUACUUAAGAAGAAUCGAUACCUAGUUGAAUCUCCUUUUCCCGAGGUAUUGAAGAGGUUGUUAAGCGAUGAAGUGAUAUCUCGUGCGAGGAUUUUCAACGAGGGAGGCGAUGCAUUCACUAUUAGUCGAUCAAUCGGUGAAAUUGACGGUACACACGAUGAGUUGCUAAAUGAAGCACAGCUGGCAGCUGCAGCCGAAGAAAAAGAAGCGCAUUCGUUUGAAAUUGAUCCUAGUCAGGUAGAAAAUGUAAAGCAAAGAUGCUUGCCGAAAGCUCUAAACUAUCCCAUGUUGGAAGAAUAUGAUUUCCGCAACGAUUUCAUCAAUCCCGAUCUCGAUAUGGAAUUAAAGCCUCAGGCACAACCGCGACCUUAUCAAGAGAAGAGUCUUAGCAAGAUGUUCGGAAAUGGUAGAGCGAGGUCCGGCAUCAUCGUCUUACCAUGCGGUGCCGGAAAGUCGUUAGUCGGUGUUUCCGCAGCCUGCAGAAUAAAGAAAAGCUGUCUCUGUUUAGCAACGAAUGCUGUUUCCGUUGACCAAUGGGCGUUUCAGUUCAAAUUGUGGUCAAACAUUCGCGACGAAAACAUAUGUCGGUUUACAUCUGAUAGCAAAGAAAGAUUUCGCGGAAACGCUGGAGUUGUUGUGACAACGUAUAACAUGAUUGCCUUUAACGGUAAACGAUCCGAGGAAUCCGAAAAGAUCAUCGAAGAAAUACGAAACCGAGAAUGGGGUUUGCUACUCAUGGACGAGGUGCACGUGGUUCCCGCACACAUGUUUCGUAAAGUCAUUAGUAUCACUAAAUCUCAUUGCAAGCUGGGGCUUACCGCUACACUUGUCAGAGAGGACGAACGAAUUACGGAUUUGAAUUUUCUUAUCGGGCCGAAGUUGUAUGAAGCGAAUUGGUUGGAUUUGGUCAAGGGUGGAUUUAUCGCAAACGUACAAUGUGCGGAAGUGUGGUGUCCGAUGACAAAAGAGUUUUUUGCUGAGUAUCUAAAAAAGGAAAAUUCUAAGAAGAAACAGGCAUUGUAUGUUAUGAACCCUAACAAGUUUCGAGCGUGUGAAUUUCUUAUUCGAUUUCAUGAACAGCAGCGUGGUGAUAAGAUAAUUGUUUUUGCCGACAAUCUUUUUGCACUCACGGAAUAUGCAAUGAAGCUUCGCAAACCGAUGAUUUAUGGUGCCACAAGCCAUAUUGAAAGGACAAAGAUAUUAGAGGCUUUCAAGACUAGCAAAGAAGUAAACACUGUUUUCCUUUCAAAGGUUGGUGAUAAUUCGAUAGAUAUUCCCGAGGCAAAUGUGAUUAUUCAAAUUUCAUCACAUGCUGGUUCAAGGCGUCAAGAAGCCCAACGUCUUGGACGUAUUCUCAGGGCAAAGGGUCGUCUCCAGGAUAGAAUGGUUGGAGGAAAAGAGGAAUACAAUGCGUUUUUUUACUCCCUUGUAUCUACAGAUACACAGGAAAUGUAUUACUCAACUAAGAGACAACAAUUUCUGAUUGAUCAAGGUUAUAGUUUUAAGGUAAUUACAAGUCUGCCUCCACCGGAUACAGGGGCAGAGUUGAGCUAUCAUCGUUUAGAAGAUCAACUUUCUCUUCUCGGGAAGGUGUUAAGCGCUGGUGAUGAGACGGUAGGUUUGGAAACACUGGAAUAUGAUACAGAUGACAUAGCACUUCAAAAAGCUCAGGCCCGUCGCGUUGCGGGGUCCAUGAGUGCUAUGUCGGGAGCUAAAGGAAUGGUCUAUCAUGAGUUCGGGACUGGACAAAAAGGUGGUGCAAAGAGCAAGCCGAAGGUUCCACCAAAGCGGCAUCAGCUGUUCAAGAAACGUUUUGUAUGAACAUGUACAAACAAAUCACUUGAAGUGCUUCAUGUAUAUAUCUCUAGGUUUCUUUUCUUGCUUUGAAUGUUUUUGGCGCUGCGGUAAUUCUGGUAUAAAUAUGUAAAAACCACCAAAUCAUGGGCUUGGAGUGUGACCUCGUAUCUCUUAACGUUUAAGUCGUCCCGUUUGAAGUGCUUAAUGUGUAUAUCUCUAGGCUUCUUUUUA